GUGUUGGAACUUGGCCAGUGAAAUUGGUAUGCCAACAUAACAUUAUUUCUUUACAACGUGUACGUUCGAACCGCCCGUAGAAAGUAUUUACCGUCGUCCGAUUCGUUUUCGUCACAGUCCCGUCAAGUUGCAACGAGAUGAAAAGCUACCUGUACGCUCUGCUUGCGCUGCUCGCCGUCAGCCAACUUGGAUUGGCCAACGAAGAAAAUACGGCUCGUCUGCUGGUGUCGAAGCACAUUUUGAACAAAUAUCUGGUAGAGGCACGUGAUAUUGUUGUAAAGUACACGCUGUACAACGUUGGAUCCGGUCCCGCCGUGAACGUUCGCUUGGUGGAUAAUGGUUUCCAUCCGGAAGUAUUUGAAGUGGUCGGUGGUCAACUAUCCGCCUCGAUUGAUCGCAUUGCGCCACAGACCAACGUAACGCACAUCGUUGUUGUGCGGCCGAAAACUUAUGGAUAUCUUAACUUCACUGCCGCCGAGGUUAACUACAUGGCGACAGAAGAUGCGGCUGAACCUCAGUUCACCAUCAGCUCGGAACCGGGCGAGGGUGCCAUUGUGGCCGAAGCACAGUUCAACAAGCAGUUCAGCUCGCACUAUCUGGACUGGCUAGCGUUCGCUUUGCUGACGCUGCCCUCCCUCGCCAUCCCGUACGCGAUGUGGUACAGCUCAAAGUCAAAGUACGAAGCGAUGGGCAAGUCGGCAAAGAAGGCGAACUAAAUCGCACAGCACAGUAGUCGUUAGGACACCAUCUUUCGAAGCAGCAGGCAGCAGCAACAUAAUGGGAGCUGGAGAUGUGCUUUGGCAACCGAUUUGCUGAUAGUGGAUCGCCGACUCAACCACAUCCAUCUUGAAGACUAAUUUAAUUUGUAAGGAAUUCCUAGCAGAGUGCCCUUGUCUCACGACUACUCUAUCGGAGUGCAACAUCGAACUUUUUUUUUAUUGGUCCCGUCAAGGAGGAACCCCAUGAAGCACAAUUGAAAUAGUUUUCAUCGUUCUAAACACCCACAUUGCAUCACUUCACAAUGCUCCGUGGUCGCGAGGAAAGGCAAAGACAGACAGAAACUGUGAAAAGAGAUUGAAAACUGGUACCUUUUCAUUCGGUUUGUGAAUAAACUCAACGAACUGUGUUCGUGAACAAGUGAAAUGAGUUGUGUGAUUGGUU